AUGCGGCCGCGGCAGCGCUCGCGGAGGCCGAGCUUUGAGAGCUUGCGCCACCUGCCGCGCGAGGGCCGCGCGCUGCUGGCGGGCGCCGUCUGCCUCGCCCGCUCCGCCGUGACGCAGUACGCUGUCAACCCGACCUCCGUCAUCGAGGAGCGUGUCGCGAUUGCGAUGGUCGGCCUGCCGGCGCGCGGCAAGUCGUACCUCUCAAAGUCGAUUGUCCGCUACCUCAACUUCGUCGGCUGCCCGGCCCGGCUCUUCAACGCCGGCUCGCGCCGCCGUGACGCCGGCCUGGCCGGCUCCGGCGCCGCCUUCUUCGACGCUGCAAACGAAGACGCCGCGGCGCAGCGAGAGGAGAUCGCGAUGGACACGCUGGAGGAGCGGCUGCGCUGCCGGCGAGUCGGUGAGAUGUGA